CUCACAGUGCCACAUACCACGAUGGCAGCCUUUCGGCUUUUGGAAAUCCUGCUUGCUACCACUUCAAUAUGCUCCGCAGCAACGAUCAAUCUACCCAGGAGCAUCAACCAUGGCGUGCACCUGCGCAUCAUGCCUCAAGGCGCUUCGGCAUCUCGCGGGCAGAGAUCAACAGAUGAAGCUGGUUACCGCCCUCAUCUCCGCGAAUUGUUGAACGCCAACGGCAACAAUGUCACCUUUGUGGGCUCCGUCUCUUGGGGCGAUAUGUCAAACAACCUCUGCGAAGCCCAUCCUGGCUAUACUAUAAAGGGAGUCGAUGAUGUCGCGCUCAAGGAUGGUGCCUACGAAUAUCUCCCGAACGUCAUCCUGCUCAACGCGGGCACGAACGACUGCAAUAUUGCCGGCAACCACCCCGAGACUGCUCCGCAACGAUAUGCAACUCUUCUGAACAAUAUCAGGACCAACAACCCUAAUGCACUCGUGAUCGCCUCGUCACUUCUGCCGAAUCUGAAGGAUUCAGUCGAUGAGUGUGUCAAGAAGCUCAACGUUGGCAUCAAGCAAGCUGUCGACAAUGCCACUGCUGAUGGGAUGAAGACUGCAUGGGUCGAUGUCUACAAUGCGGUACCAAAAACGGAGAUCCAUACCGAUGACAGCACCCAUCCCACUGAUGAUGGGUACAAGCUUUUCGCCAAAGCAUGGUUCGAAGGCAUCCAGAAAGCGGGUUAUCUGAUCAGCAAGCCUGAUCCGAAUGGGAAAGAAGUACCUGAAACCACUGCGUGUGGUGGCAAGAGCGGCGUCAAGUGUGGUCAGUAGCGAUGUGCAUCAUCCCUCAGCACUGGUCACGAACUGGAUCGGCAUUGGCUCUCUGCUCAAUCGUUCAAGGGCUGUUUUUAGGAACCAUCUGAAGGCUCUCACUUACUUUACAACCUCAGGAGGCACUA